AUCAAUGUGACAGCUAAAUUGUGACAUCACAAGACAGAAACAUCACUCUCAUUUUUUACGAUGAGAGUAGAUACUUCGAAACUUUAUUUAUUUACCAUUUUAUUAGCAUUAUACACCACCUCCAAAUCACAUGCAAGUAAGGAACUCGGUAGUUGGAGCUCUGAUAGUGAGACAGAUAUUGGGAGAGAUGACACUGUGAAUAUGCACGAAAGUUACAGACCUAGACACAAGUACAAAACUGGCACAGACCAAUUUUCCAAAAGAUUCGUCGGGAGCAAAAAUGAAAUGCAAAAUAGUAAGGGUCUGGAGUGCGCCGUGAUGUAUAAAAAUAAUGAGCCGAUCGGGAUAUUACAGCCUUACGAAGAAUCUUACAGAUUCUUACCAGUCAACGGAGAGCCAACAUUAGUCGAUAUAAACCCACUGCCAACUAAACGAAAAUCAAUAAUGGAUUUUCUAUACCCUAGCGAGGUUGAAGAAGAUUACUAUGAAGAUGGCGUUGGCUUUUCUGACGAAAGAUACCCCUCGGUAUUUGCAAAAUUCAAAAUAGACAGUAGAUUAGAUAGAUCGCUUAGUCCUAAAAGUAACUCCAGCAAGAGAGCUAAGAAGAAGAGAGAAUCGUCGGAUGACGAACUAGUAUCCAUCAAUGAUGAAGUUGAGGAAGAACUGAGGAAUAUUCUGGGAGAUAUAGGACUGGUGGACGAUUAUCCUAACCAGGAUAACAAGCGUAAAGUGGAAGACGAGAAUUUGGAGCUUGGAACCAACAAGAUUGACAUCGCAAAGGAAACUAGAGAAAAACGUAAUGACCUCAAUUCUGCUUUUCCAGUAGAGAGAGGAAGUACCAAUGUUACCAAAUCGAACGUGGGUGGGGUUGAACCUCUUCUAUCGCUCAACGAAAAAGAAAACCAGGCAGACUCCGAUGUAGAAGAUCAUCGCGAUAAGAGAUCUGAAGAAGCAACGGUUGAUCAUGUCAAAGAUGAUAUGCCCGUGUUAGAAUACAACACCGAAAAAAUCGAGGAGAAUACCAACAUCGAUGAUUAUGGAAAACGAGUAGAAAGAGAGAUAAGGGAUAAAAUACAUAAGUUGAAAGAAGAAGUUAAGAAAGAGAUAGAGGAACUCAGAAAGGCGAAUGCUAUUGAAAAGGAAGAUUCAGAAAAAAAGGAAAAGCAAACCCUGAAUGAUGAUGAAAAUAGCGAUAUCGAUCCAAUCGUCAGUGAUAGUGGGAACGAUGACAUUCAUAUCCGCCGAAAAAGAAAUAUUCAAUACCACCAAUCCGAAGAAGAUAACGAAGACAUUACAGCUUUGGAAUCCAACCAGAUGCCACGAAAUAAUGAAAGAAAUUAUCAAUCUAGGUCUUUGAAGGAAGCUAACAUGGAUUAUGAUACCAACGAAGAAUAUGAAGACAAUAACGAUAUAAUGAGACAACCUAGCAUGAAAAACGAAAAUGACUACUCAGCCAAUGAAUACGAGCCCAAGUUCAUGGAAAAGAACCAUAUCAUCGAGGACAGUGAAAACGAAGAUAGUGGUGAUAUUGGUAACCACUUUACAUCAAACGAGAAAUCAGGUUGCAACUGCGAUAAAAACUCUGGAGAUUGCAAAUGUGUCAAUGGACAUUCAAAGUCCCAAGAUUUAACUUCAGAUGAAGAACAUCUCAUGUCGUCCGCAAAACAUCACUGCGAUUGCAGCAAAACCGACAAAGACUGCAAAUGUGGAAACAAUUUUGCUGAUUAUAAGCGACUACCACCACAAGAGAUCUCGGAAUAUGACGACGAUGCUGAAAUUCAUCGGAAGUUCUCAACUGAGAAGAAAAAUGUUUUGAAGCGACUUCACGAAAUAAUUAAGAAUAGAGAAGAUCCUGGGUACAAAAGCAGAGAAAAUGGCCAAUUUAGACGGGCAAUUAAAGCAACGAAGAGAGAAAUCAAGGAGCCCUUCGAAAAUGGCGAAUAUUUCGUGGACUUGCAGCCAAGCAUUUUCAAACUCUCGUCAUCGGAAAACUUGCUCAACUCGAUGACAUCCCAACGCCGGCCUGUCAAACGUCACCUUGCUGCUGUUAGACAGCUGAAAAUGUUACCCCACUCUCGCUUUAGAAGGCGCGUGCAGAAAGAUGAAAGCAAUAGAGAGCCCAGGCAGCUCAUAGAUAUGUCUGAAGAGGAUAUUUUUGGUGCUCUACCUCAAAGUUACGAGGGAGAACUCGCUCGGUACAAAAGAGUAAAACGUGCUAAGAAAAAGUAAAUUAAAGCGGUGGUGAUCAAAAGAAAAUGGAUACUACAUAAGAAUAAAUAAUAAGGCUUAAAAAUGACAGUAUCUUAAUGAUAGGUGUCAGCCGAAUGAGAUAUAUCUUGUGAACAUCCAGAUUUAUGAAAUUCUACAAACUUCAACGAGAAAUUGAUGAGGUCUAAUAUUAACUCCAGUUUGAAUAAAUGUCAUGUUGAAUAAAAUUUCCUCAACUCCUG